GGUUUACCCGGAAGCGGGAUCUGUAGUGGCUGAGUGGGCCGUGCCAACAUGUCUGCGCCGGCGAAGCUGCGAAUCAACGCUGCCUUCGCGGAGCGGUACGGCCGGUACCGGCGGCGGGAGGAGCUUCAGCGGCUGCAGGAUCGCUACGGGGACGAGGAGGCCAGCUCCGAGUCGUCGUCGUCGUCGUCGUCGUCGUCGGACGAGGCGGGGGACCCGGAGGCUGACGGCGCCUUCUACCGCACGCUGGGCUGGCUGAAGACGAGGGAUCCCCGCAUCUACCGGCAGGACGCCGCCCAGGGCGGCGAGAAAGAGUCCUCAUCGGGAAGCGAGAAUGAGAAACCACACGUGAAGAAGAAAGUGAAGCCCAUGUACCUGAAGGACUACGAGAGGAAGGUCAUUUUGGAGAAAGCAGGCAAAUAUGUGGAUGAAGAUGACGAUGGAGCAGCAGUCAAAAAUAAAUUGAGCUAUGUGGAAGAACAGAAGCAGCUUAAGGAGAGCUUUCAGAGGUUUCUGGCUGACAGUGAUGAAGAAGAACAAAGUAAAGAACGCCGUUCCCCGACCUUGCUGCAAAAAAAGGUCCAAAGCAAGACAGAGAAGGAGCUGGAGAAGGCAGAUUAUAUAAGCUGGCUGAAAGGUCAAGAGGAGGUUCAAGCAGAGGAGGCCCUUCAGGAUCUGGCUCCCCUUAGAGAAUACUGGAAUGACCCCAAACUGGAUGAGAAAGAGCAAUUCCUGCGCAAUUACAUCCUGAACCAAUGCUACAAGGAAGCAGGGGAAGGAAAGGAAAGCCAGCUGUCCGCGUCAGACUCCUCCGAUGAGGGCGAACUCUUUCUCAAGAAACAAGAGGAUUUUGAACGCAAGUACAACUUCCGCUUUGAGGAGCCUCAGGCCCAGCUGCUGAAAUCGCAUCCCCGCGUUAUUGCAACUUCAGUGCGCCAGAAAGAUGAACGCCGGAAAGAGAAACGCUUGGAGAUCCGUGAGCGCAAGAGCAAAGCAAAGGAACGCAAACAGGAGGAGCUGAAGCAGCUGAAGAACCUCAAACGGCAGGAGAUUCUGCAGCGGCUGGAGAAGCUGCGGGAGAUCACCGGCAGUGAGACCAGCCCCUUCCAGGAGGGGCACCUGGAGACGGACUUUGACCCCGCCCAGCACGACCAGCUGAUGGAGGAACUCUUUGGAGAUGAAUAUUACGGUGUCAACGAGGAAGAGAAGCCCCAGUUUGAAGCAGAGAGUGGAAGUGACGGUGAGUGGAAUUGGGACAAGUGGACCGGGACGGGUGGUCCUGAAGCGGAGGCUUCGCUGCAGCGGGUGGAGGAAUGCCAGCCCCACUGUGAGGAUCCUGACUUCGUGAUGGAUGCCGAUUAUGACCCCACCCAACAGCCCGGUCCUUCAAAAAAGAAACGGAAGGCAGAGCUCCCCCUGCUGGGCAAGAAGAAACGCCAGUCGCAGUUUGCAAAGGCCCUCCUCCGUCAAGAGAAAAAACUCUUUGACCCAGCGACGGAGACGUUCGAGAAAUACCUGGACGAGUUCUACCGCCUGGACUACGAGGAUCUGAUCGGGGACGUGCCCUGCCGCUUCAACUACCGCAGUGUGGUUCCCUGCAGCUACGGCCUCUCCACUGAGGAGAUCUUGGCUGCCGAUGACAAGGAGCUGAACCGCUGGUGCUCUCUGCGGAAGACCUGCAUGUACAGGUCAGAGAAGGAAGAGCUGCAUGACAAGGAAGUCUACCAGUGCAAAGGCCAGCACACCUGGAAGAAGCAGCAGAUUUUGAAAUCCCUCUGGGCAGACGAGGGAGAGCCAGAAGGUGCAAAGGCGGUUCCAGGCAAGAGAAGGAAGAAGGGUCCGAAGAAGGCGCCACGGCAGGAGCUGCCUUCUAAAGAGCUGUCCCCCGUCGCCCCAGCGUGCAAGGAAGGGGGGCUCCAGCGUCCCAAUGGAACAGCCAGCAUCGCUCUGAACCCGAUUGCGGGCAAGGCAGCCCCGGCAGCCGCCUCCUCAGUGGACCCCUGUCCGCCUGCUGCAGCGCCUGGUCUGAGACGAAAAGGGGGCAAGAAGGGGCAGCUGCUGGGGGCUAAGGUGCGGGUUGGGGGCUCAGAGUUCAGCCGCUGCCGGCUCCAGGCCUACGGGCUGAAUCCCAAGCGCCUGCACUACCGCCAGCUGCUCCGGGAGAGGCAGAAGAGAAAGCUGAAGAAGAAGAAUAAGAAGGUGGCGGCAUUUGGGCACACCCAGUAAAGCGGGGGAGCAAAUUAAUGCAAGGAGAAUGGUUCUGCUGGCCCUUGAGCUGAGCAGGACCAUCUUGGACUCCGUCAGUAGAAGGAACGUGUGAGUUCUUGGGGCUCCAAUAAAUCCCUCUGCUCUCCUACGACCUCUGGAUUUUUCUUCAGCUGUUUGUUCUCUAACAUCUACAACUGGAUUCAAGGAAGAGCGAUCAGCUGCCAUCAUCCUGGAAGCAGGAUCAGCAGGCCCAGUGGCAGCUAGUACAAGAUCCAUUUAGCAAAGUCGUGCUUUAAGGGAUUGGUUCAUUCAGAUUUGCUCAAGGAAGUGAAAAGGAAUGCCCUCCCCCACCCCGAGGAUACUGGAGCGCUCUGGAGAGUUUUGCAAGUCUCAAAAGCUGGAAUCAUCAUUCUCCCCCACUGCCUGGUGGAAUUGAGUCACCCCCUCCCCAUUUCCUAGCAGGCUACACUAGGAAGUCCUCUCCUCUUGGCCUUUUCAAAUGUUGUGACCUCGAGGGGACUGAGGGCAGCUAGUCAAGGGCCAAAGAACAGCUUUGGGGAAGGUAAUCCAGACAAGAACCUCUUUCUUCUCCCUUGUUUCUGACUCUUAUCAGUGGCAGAGUGACCGUCUCAGGGUGGAGCUCCCUGAAAUGACCACUUCUGUCCCAGGUUCCCUCUCUCCAUUGUACUGGAUUACUUCCCGACCAACUAUUAUAACUGCUCAAGAGUACGAAUCCUGCCCAAUAAAACCUUAUUCCUGA